UAAGCAUGCAAGUCUCAUGCAGAGUGAGAAGGAAAUCAGAUCAAAGCAUUUCCUUCUCUCAUCCUCCAGUCGUUCUUUUGAGUCCUCUCGACUUAUACGCUCCUUUAUCAAACUUGUCAAUUGACUCUUGCGUGUGGUGUUCACCUUCUACAACUAUAUCACUACUAUAUACAGUCACACUCCCUUUAUUGUUCAAGACAUUCUCUACAUAUAAACAUCCACCAUGAUUGACAAAUCCGUCAUCAUCGUCUUCGUCAUCCUCGGUUGUAUCGUCUCGGUCCUGAUCGGAUACUCCAUCCACUCCGUAGCCACCGGAGGCUUCCGCAACGACGAGGAGGAAAGGGAAUUCUCCCCCGAACAGAGAUCCUACAUGCGCGACCUGCGACUGCGCGAUUUGGUCUGGAUGGCGCGGGACCAUGGCUUAAGACAUGAUGCGCGGCCACCACGCGACCUGGAGAAGCAGUGAUUAAGCCCGAUGUUUGGGGCUCGGUGCAUUCGGAGUAGACUAUGGGACCAAUGGGACGGCGUUCAAAGUGUGGGUCUUUUGGGUUCGGGUGCGAUAUAUUGGAUUGGACCGUGCGCUUUCCCUUCUUGAUAAUGUUGUAUAUUGCUUUGUUAUGAUGGG